AUGAAAUUCUUAGCCCUAAUAUCUGGAGGCAAAGAUUCUAUUUUCAAUAUUAUCCAAUGUAUUCAAUAAGGCCAUGAAUUAGUCUUAUUAGUCAAUCUUCACCCCAAAAGUAUAUUAUAUAAAAACUGUAUUUAGAUAUUGGCAAUGAAACUGAUAGCUUUAUGUAUUAAAGUGUUGGAACCAACAUAAUUGAAGCAAUAUCUUAAGCUUUAGAUAAACCAUUACUGAAAAAAGAAAUUUAAGGCAAACCAAAAAUCACCAAUUUGGCUUAUCAAUGUAAUGAUGAAGAAAAAGAAGGAGAUGAAGUGGAGGAUCUCUUUUUAAUAUUAAAAGAGGCAAUAACACUUUAUCCUGAUAUAAAAGGAGUCAGUUCUGGAGCCAUAGCCUCAACAUAUUAAAAGAUAAGGGUAGAAAAUUGGUAUUCCAUAAUUUAUAAAUGAUUUAGUUGUUAAAGAUUAGGGCUUGUCUCUAUGGCUUAUCUAUGGAACCAAGAUUAAUUUACUUUAUUAGAUUAAAUGUUGUAGAACAACAUGAAAAUCAUUUUAAUUAAAGUGGCAGCUUUGGGUUUGACAUAAAAACAUCUUGGAAAAUCCAUCUAAGAUUUGUAUGAGCAUUUUAAAGAAAUUGUAACUUGAUUUUAAUCCUUUAUUAGCAUGAGAAAUAUGGAUUCCAUCCUUGUGGAGAAGGAGGAGAAUUCGAGAGUUUUGUUUUAGAUUGUCCAUUAUAUAAAAAAAGAAUAUAAAUGUAGUUAAUUUAACUUUAUAUUUAGUAAUGAGAGUGAGAUUAUUUGUCAUGAAAAUAAUUCUGUUGCUCCUGUGUAUUAUCUAUUAAUAAAAAGUUAUUCAUUAAUUGAGAAAGAUUGA